AUGAAUGCGGAACGUCUGAACAUUGCAAGUUUAGAAGAAUUUCCUCCACUUGGAUCCUCUACUAAAAAGGUAAUCUGGUCAAAUCCGUCGUUGCCUUCUUCAAGUUCUCAGAGUGAAAAGUCGGCGCCAAUGGUAGAUACUAUAACGGAAAAUACAAAGAGAAUGUCGAUAGAACAUGUUGAAGUAGAUGAAAGUGUUAAAUCUUCGGGUAAAUCCCUUCGGGGAAACAAAAAUAAUUCUGAGAAAAAAGUAGUCGAGUAUAUCAUAGUUCAGGUCGGGGAAAACGACGUAAUUGGAGCCAGAUUGAAUCAAAAAUCGAAUGUAAAUUGGCCAUGUUUCGUCUCAGUUGCUAAUAAAAUUGCUGAAAAUAGUGAAGGGUUCAGUAACAAACUGCAAUUGGGAGAUAGAGUUUUUAUUUCUGAUUUUCAAUGGAGAAUUGGCUACGAAACUUUGGCUCGAAAUGAGUUUGAAGUCAGUCAGAACAGAAAAAAUUGGAAUGUUGGUCGAAUUAAUCCUCAGGCAAUAAUUAAAGAGAUUGAAUUCAUUCAUCAUGCGAACAGAAGAGACUUUCCUGGUGUUGUAAUAAGUCUGAAGCGGGGUGGGAAAUAUAACAGCUUGUUGUGUUGUUUAGUCAUUUCGGCGGGUUUACAAGUCUGUUCUAAAUGCUAUAGGAGACAGCUUACCUUCUUCCGCCACAAUCAGAGUUCAAAAUGGGCUCUGAAGAAAUGA